AUGUCUAUUUCAAUAUCAGAAGCAGAAAUAAAUACACGGUCUUCAUCUGCACCAUCAGACGAAAUGUCUAAUUCAAUUAUUCCUUUAACUACAACUAAUGUUGAAGAUGAAAUGCAUAGAGCAGCAAUCAAAAUUUUACAACAAUCAAUAGAUCUUUUAAUAAAUUUAUCUAAUGACGAGAAUUUUUACAUUUAUCAGAGUAAAUUUAUACCACAAAGUUCUAUUGGAAAACAUAUCAGGCAAACAAAAUCAAAUGAGGAGGUUUCGUUGUUGAAAACACAAAUUGAUUUAUUGAAAAGUGAAAAAGAAAAGGAAAAGGAAAAACAUCAAAAACUUUCGAAAGAGCAAGAUGAUUUAUUGGUAUGUUUGGCUGAUCAAGACGCUACUAUAAAGAAAUAUAAAACUAGAUUGAUCAGUUUAGGAGAAGAGAAGAAUUUUCCAUAA